AUGGAGAGGUUGUUACUCGUGUGGAUAAAUGAGAAAGAGAUGGCUGGUGACAUGAUGACCAAGGCCAUAAUUUGCGAAAAGGCAACUGUCAUUUUUAAUGACCUCGUGAAGGAGGAUGCAGGCGAUGGAACGUCGGCGAAAGAACACCGGGAGUUUAAGGCAUCGCCUGGGUGGUUCGAGAAGUUCAAAAGGAGGACUGGAAUUCACUCUGUUGUUCGGCAUGGUGAGGCAAGUAGCGCCGACCACAAGGCAGCCGACGAAUUCGUGCAAAAAUUCAAACAAUUGGUGAUUGAUGAAGGCUACGUUGCUCAGCAAGUUUUUAACUGCGACGAGACGGGCCUUUUUUGGAAGAAGAUGCCUCGUCGUACCUUCAUCACAGCAGAAGAGAUUAAAAUGCCAGGCCACAAGCCCAUGAAGGACCACCUUACGCUUGCCCUUUGUGCCAAUGCCAGUGGGGAUUACAAAAUCAAGCCCCUGCUGGUGUACCACUCCGAAAAUCCCAGAGAAUUCAAGGCUCACAAAAUAUUAAAAGAAAGACUCCAGGUGCUAUGGAGGGCCAAUGCCAAAGCCUUGGUCACCCGUCAUUUUUUUGUUGAGUGGGUGAAUUUGGUUUUUGGCCCUGCUGUUAAGAGGUAUCUAGAAGAGAAGAAUCUCCCCUUCAAGUGCCUCCUCGUUCUCGAUAAUGGCCCUGCCCACCCACCUGACCUUGAAGAUGAUAUCCUGGAGGAGUUCUCGUUUAUUAAGGUGUUGUACCUCCCACCUAACACUACCUCUAUCCUCCAGCCCAUGGACCAAGAACUAAUUUCAAACUUCAAAAAACUCUACACAAAACACCUGUUCAAGAGGUGUUUCGACAUUACUGAAAACACUCAGCUUACCCUUCGUGAGUUUUGGAAGCAGCACUUCAAUAUCGUUGUUUGCCUCAAGAUGAUCGACACGGCUUGGCAGGAGGUGACCAGGCAUAACCUGAAUGCAGCUUGGAGAAAACUGUGGCCUGAUGCUGUUGCCCCACGAGAUAUGGAGGGAUUUGAAGGGGAGGGUGAAGUUGAGCCUGAAGUUGGGGAAAUUAUUUUGCUGGGGAAGGGCAUGGGUCUUGAGGUGAAUGAAGAGGACAUCAACGAGUUGAUUCAGGAGCACAAUGAGGAGCUUUCGACGACAGAGCUGAAGGAGUUGGAGGCGAUGCAACACACAGCAGUGCAGGAGUUCAAAGAGAAGGAGGAGGAGGCGGCAGCCAUCAUUCCAUCAGCCCGAAUAAAAGACAUUCUAGGAAAAUUCCAUGAUGUUUCGGAAUUUGUUGAAAAGAAUCACCCAGAAAACAUGUUCUUCAUGCGCAGCAAAGACUGA